AUGUUUAGAGCAGACCUUCUGAAGAGGCAUCCAUCUGAUUUUAUCGCUUUACAUUGUCAAGAAGUGGGUGGAAAAAACUAUGAACAAUUUAUGUACAUUCUUGAUCGUUUUAUAAAAGAAAUGCUUCUAAUACCAGAAAUUAGUCAAGAAUAUACGCAUUAUCGACUCUAUUUUGAUUCUGAUUACACAUCACAAGAUACUUUUACAGCAUUAGGAUCUGCUUAUUUUAUUCGACAAAAUAUCCCUGUUCAACAAUGGAAUUUUCAAACUUCCUCUUUUGAAGCAGUUGUUGAUCGUCAAAUUUUUACCGGUAAUCUCAUUGAAACUCAAUCAUUACGUAAAGAAAAAUUUCCACGAGAAUUUUUUCCUGAAGCAAAAUGGUCUCGAAAAGGUUUUACACAAACAAGAUGGGCGAUUAAUGGCAGACUACCAUUUAAUAAAACUAAUUCACAAGUACCAUUUGCAAUAUUCGGUGAUUUUAAUUUUCGUAUUGAUUCUCAUCGUUUUCUUGAGUAUAAAAUGCUCGAUUUAGAAUCACAAUCAUUUCAAGAUCAAUUAUUUGAAUUUGAAAAAACAUUUCCACCAAGUUAUCCAUUUAGUGAAGAAAACAAUGAAGCACGCUCCUAUUUAAAAGCACGCUGCCCAUCUUGGUGUGAUAGAAUUCUACUUAGUCAUUCAUUGAAAAGUUAUGUAAAUUUAGAGGAAAAUAGAUCAGUUUACGGUAUAAUUGGGCAAGAUGUAUGUAUGGGAGAUCAUAAGCCCGUGUAUUUGGCAUUAACGAUACGAUUGGCUCAAGGUAGUUGUUCUUCAAAUACAUCAUCGUCAUUAUCAUCACCGUUGUUAUUACCAUCUCAUUGUUCUACUGACUUGAUGUUUGAUAAAAAACUAAAUAAUCAGCAUCAUCACUCCAAUGCACCAUCAUUUCCCGACACUCUUGUUGACACUUCUACUAUAACUGAAAAUUCAUCUACUUCUAUAGACACUAAUAAUUAUAAGAAUAAUAAUGAUGAUAACAAUAAAGUUUAUUUAAAUAAUGUUGAAAUAUGUUCGCUAUUUCCAAAUGAUGAGAAAACAAAAACUUUAGAUGAACAAAAGAAUGAUAUUCAUAUAAAUGUAAAUAACACAUAUAAUGUUCAUGAUUUCGCUUAUUUCGUUCAACCGUAUAUAUUACCUAGUUGGUCUUUAACGUUAAAAACAAAACCUAGUCAAAAACAACAUUUAUCAAAUAGUAAUGUGUUAUGGGCAAAAGUGCGUGCUAUUACAUAUCUCACCGGUCGUAAACAUAGACAUGGAUCAUGGUAUUCAGAAGAUCCAACGGAAAUAACAGAGAUGGAUGUUGACGAUAAGAUGGAAGAAGAUGAAAUGGUAUUUCCACAUUCAAGAACAUCAACAAUAACAGUAACUCAAUUUGAUUCGACCAAUUAUAAGACAGAUAUACCUGUACCUUUUCGUCGUUCGUACAGUUCGAAUGUAUUUGUAAAAGGUCAUGAUAAUAUUAGUGAACAGACGUUAUUAAGGAGAUAUUCAAUGGAUUCUGGUUUAAUCGACAAACUAGUGGGUGAUCAUGACGCAGACAAUAUUGACGUUGUUCCAUCGUCCACAAUGACUACACAUCUAUCGACUACCUUGUCUAAGGCAGAGUUAAAUGAUAACAGCGUGAAGCAUGAAAAUGAUAUAUCAACCGCACAAGAAACAUUGGUUGUUCAAAAUAUUCAAAGUAAAACGACAAAGAAACAGCAACAGCAGCGUACUCAUCGAUUUCGUUGUAUUAUUUUAUAA